AUGGCAGAAGUAGAACAAAAGGAACGAGAGAUAAAAAAUGCACCUAGCUUUUUAAAAGCAAACAUCUGGGAACAUUUUGGCUUUUAUGAAAAAAGUAGGAAGCACGAAUUGGACAAGUCAUACGCUGUGUGUAAAAUCUGUCACACAAAAAUUAAAUAUCUAGGGAAUACUACUAAUCUGAGAAACCACGUCAGCCGUUUUCACCCAGAAAUACUAAAACCUACCACCACCACCAAGGAAAUGAACCCAGAUCAGCCAAGAAUUGAUGCAAUGUUACAGUCAACUUUGCCGCCCAACUCUGAAAAGGUAAAGAGAAUAACAAAAGCUGUGGCAGCUUUCAUAGCGAAGGACCUGCGCCCUUACUCUGUUGUGGAAAACAGUGGGUUUCGCUACCUUUUGAAGACGAUAGAGCCGCGUUACAAGAUCCCGUCACGAAGUCACUUUACAGAAAACGUCAUACCUGCACUCUACCACGAAACUAAAGCUAAGAUAAUUGCAUCAAUGAGCCAAGCAAGUCGAGUCGCAAUAACGUGUGAUUCCUGGACUUCAGUCACGACAGAGUCUUAUGUUACAAUAACAGCACAUUACGUUAAUAAGGACUGGCAGAUUUUGUCGCAUGUACUGCAAACGAGAGCCAUUUAUGAGUCUCACACGGGUGCUCAUCUGGCAGAGCUACUUUCUCAUGUUGUGGAAGAAUGGCAGCUGUCCGAUAAAUCUGUAGUGCUUGUGACCGACAACGCGUCAAACAUGAUAGUUGCAGCUCAAGUUGGAAAAUUCCCCCAUGUGAAAUGCUUCGCCCAUACACUGAAUCUUGCAUCCCAGCGAGCGUUGAAAGUGGCCACUCUCUCUAGGCUUCUUGGCAGAGUACGUCGGAUAUCCACAUUCUUUCACCGCAGCACUAGAGCAAGCCACUGUCUAAAAGAGAAACAGAAAUGUCUUGGCCUGAAGAAUCAUAAGCUGAUAACUGAUGUGGCAACAAGAUGGAACAGUGCAUACGACAUGGUCGAGAGGUUCUUGGAACAACAACCUGCAGUCUGUGCCACCUUGCUGUCUCCAGAAGUCAGAAGAGGAGAGUCCGAUCUCUGCACUCUAAACGAAACAGAUGUGUCAAAUGCAGAGGACGCCGUGAGUGCAUUAAAGCCAAUGAAGGAUGCAACCAUGCUGAUGUCAGAAGAGCGCAAUCCAACAGUUUCUCUCAUUGCCCCUAUAAAUGCACAACUUCUCCAGAGCAUGACAGACACGAUGGGAGACACACCCAUGAUCCAUGAGAUCAAGAAUUCUAUUAGAACAGAUCUCCAGAAGAGGUACAGCAGUGAGGCCGAGAAGAAGAUCCUUCAUACAGCCUCUGCACUGGAUCCUCGCUUUAAGGGACUGCCUUUCAUCCUCACAGAUGAAGAAAGAUUGGAGAUAUUUAAAGGAGUCACUGAGGAAGCUGCAUCCUUGGAGGUAAUUAAAUUAAUUUGA